AUAAGCAGCAGGUGCUGCAGAUCCUGGAUCGGCUGCAGGCGAAGCUGCAGGAGAAAAGGGAUUCCCAGCACCAGGAAAACCUGGCUGUCCUCAGGAACACCCUCAGGAGCCCCCUGUUCAACCAGAUCCUGACUCUCCAGCAGUCCAUCAAGCAGCUGAAGGAGCAACUCAAUUACAUGCCUCCCGACCGCUCGGUGGAUUUUGAUUUUACCAAGAGGGGGCUGUUGGUGUUUGCUGACAAAUCAGUCACUGCUGGGACACCUUGCACUUCACCUGCACCCAGAGCAUCAGCCUUCACUCCAAACCUGCCAGUUAAUGAAUUUAACAUGAUCAUCCAGCAAAUGGCAAAGGGGAGACAAAUAGAAUCAAUAACGAUUGAUAAACCUUCUGUUGGAGGGCUUGGAUUCAGCGUGGUUGCCCUUAAAAAUCCCAGCCUGGGAGAAGUUGGUAUCUUUGUCAAGGAAGUCCAGCCAGGAAGCAUAGCUGACAGGGAUCAAAGACUGAGGGAAAAUGACCACAUACUGGCCAUUAAUUGCACGCCAUUGGAUCAGAACAUUUCCCAUCAGCACGCCAUUGCCCUCCUCCAGCAAUCCACAGGAUCCCUGCAUCUGGUGGUGGCUCGGGAGCCACUUCAAGGGAACAGCAGAGCUGCCUUGUUCAGUGAUGUAAAUCCACCUGAGACUAUUCACUGGGGCCACGUCGAAGACGUUGAGCUGAUUAACGAUGGCUCAGGAUUAGGCUUUGGAAUUGUAGGAGGAAAGUCGAGUGGAGUAGUUGUAAGAACAAUUGUUCCUGGGGGAUUAGCAGAUCGGGACGGCAGGCUGCAGACAGGAGACCACAUCCUGCAGAUUGGAGGGACCAACGUGCAGGGCAUGAGCAGUGAGCAGGUGGCCCAAGUGCUCAGGAACUGUGGGAAUUCCGUCAGGAUGAUCGUGGCCAGGGAGCCCAAGUGUGAAUUCAUGGAGGCUCCCCCAGCUCCCCUCAGCUGGCCAGUCAGCACACUGCCUUCCCUUCCAAAUGGAAAUGAUAAUGACAACUUCUUUGACACCUAUGACGUUGAACUUAUAAAAAAGAAUGGGCAAAGCCUGGGAAUAACAAUUGUUGGAUAUGCUGGCACAUGUGAUCUAGAACCUUCGGGGAUUUUUGUGAAAAGUAUCAUACCUGGGAGUGCUGCUGACCACAAUGGCCAAAUUCAUGUUCAUGACAAAAUUGUUGCUGUUGAUGGAGUCAACAUAGAGGGUUUUAGCAACCAAGAGGUGGUGGAGGCGCUGCGGAACACGGGGCAGGCUGUGCGGCUCACCUUGCUGAGAAGGAGACCUUCCUUUGCUCUUCCCUCAGAAGCACCUUCAGGGAGAGGAAGAGUCCCACUCCCUCCAGCACAUGAGCUGAAAUCCAAAUGGGAAAACCUGCUGGGACCAGAAUACGAAGUUAUGGUUGUGAAUGUGGAUAUGCCCUUUAAAGACGACUCAGAGCUCCAGAAGUACUCAAAGCUGUUACCCAUCCACACUCUGAGAUUGGGAGUUGAGCUGGACACUUUUGAUGGACAUCAUUAUAUCUCAUCCAUUGCUUCAGAUGGCCCAGCUGCAGCUCUUGGUCUUCUGCAACUGGAGGAUGAACUUCUGGAGGUGAACGGGGUGCAGCUGUGUGGCAGGUCCCGACGGGAGGCUGUCACCUUCCUCAAGGAGGUGCCUCCCCCCUUCACCCUGGUGUGCUGCCGGCGGCUCUGCAGCGACGGCACCGAGUCGUGGGUGGACGAGCCCCCCGUGGUGGCAGCGUCCCCUCCAGAGCCACAGGUGAAACCUGAGGAAGACUUUAAUCCUGAGGAGGAAGAAGGGGAAUUGGCAUUAUGGUCUCCUGAUGUGAAGGUUAUUGAGCUGGAGAAAGACAAAAAUGGUUUGGGAUUCAGCAUUUUGGACUAUCAGGACCCCUUGGAUCCAGCGGGAACAGCCAUAGUGAUCAGCUCCCUGGUGCCUGGUGGCGUGGCCGAGCGCGGCGGGCAGAUUUUGCCGGGCGACCGCUUGGUGUUCGUCAAUGAGAAACACCUGGAUGGAGCCACCCUGGCAGAGGCCGUGGAAGUGCUGAAAUCUGUGCCCCCAGGGACUGUUUCCCUUGGGAUCUGCAAGCCUUUAGUGGGAGACAGCAGAGAGGAGGAGAGAAUGCACGGUGUGGAAACCAGCAGCAUCAAAAGCUGCCCUGGGUCUCCAGAACCAAUAGAUAACACAAAUUUCUCAGUAAUACUUGAAGCUCCACAGGGUUUCAGGGACGAGGUGCCUUUCAAAGAAGAGCUGGUUGAUGAGCCCCGUGUGGACUUGGGAAGGUCCUUUCAGCUUUCUCAGAAGGACGAGGAGUAUGGGCAGGAGUCCUGGGAGAUGUGUGAGUUCCUGGCAGUCGGAGCGCAGGGCGUGGAGCAGGAGCGGGAGAUGCUGGUGGACGAGGAGUACGAGGAGGAUCCCGACUUCCUGAAGGGGGAUGAUGCAGCAUCAGGUGCAGAGGAGGCAGCCUCAGACAGGAACCUGGACACUGAACCAUGGGCAGAGCAACUGGAGGCUGAGGAAACACAGGAUUUAAGAUCCAGUGUUAGCCUGAGUGCCAAAGAGUCCCUGGAAUAUCCAUUCAGGAAAGAUCAAGUGUGUGAAGAGAAUGCUGCUUUAAGGUCACACAUUUCUGGAACCACAUCUCCAAGCAGCCACCAAAAAGACAUAUUUGAUACUGAAACUACCCAGGCAGAAGGGAAAACUGAGAUGAAUUUAGGGACAAAGCUUCAGAGUGACUCCAAAGGACCUGAGCUUGCUGCUGAUUCAGAAGCAGCUGGAAAGGAAGCCCUGAAAGAGGAGAACUAUGUUCUUCCCAAGAGCCAGGAUUCUGGGAGAGUAACCACCUUGGCUCAGCCUAGAGCAGCAUCAGGCGGUGAAUUACCCGAGAGAGAAGAAGGAGAAGGAGAAGAAACUCCAAACUUCAGCCACUGGGGACCACCACGAAUUGUUGAGAUCUUCAGAGACCCUGAGGUGUCUCUUGGAAUCAGCAUUGUUGGUGGACAAACUGUCAUAAAGCGCCUGAAGAAUGGAGAAGAACUUAAAGGGAUCUUUAUCAAACAAGUUCUGGAAGACAGCCCAGCAGGAAGAACAAGGGCUUUAAAAACUGGAGAUAAAAUACUUGAGGUUUCUGGGGUAGACCUACAGAAUGCCACCCACAAGGAAGCAGUAGAUGCCAUCAAGAAUGCAGCAAAUCCUGUGGUGUUUGUAGUCCAGAGCUUGGCUAAUGUACCAAAAGUGGUUUCUCCUGCCCAGCCUAAGGGAAUCAAAGUCAGCAAAGAUCAGGAUGCAGACAAAGAAAAUAAGAGUGAUAAGAGGAAAUAUGGGGCUCCACCUCCCAUGAAGCUGCCACCUCCUUACAGAGCCCUCGAAAGGCACCACGCAGGGGAGGCUGCUCUGGGUGAAGAGGAGGAUGAGGAUGCUUGUGCAGAGGAAAAAAUCAGGCAGAGAUAUGCAGAUCUCCCGGGAGAAUUGCACAUUAUUGAGCUGGAGAAAGACAAGAAUGGGCUGGGGCUCAGCCUGGCUGGCAACAAGGACCGCUCCAGGAUGAGCAUCUUCGUGGUGGGGAUCAACCCCGACGGCCCCGCGGGACGGGACGGGCGCAUGCACAUCGGGGAUGAGCUCCUGGAGGUAAAAGUUCCCUGGAUACACCAUGGGGAUGAGCCCCUGGAGAUAAACAAUCAGAUAUUGUACGGAAGAAGCCACCAGAAUGCUUCUGCAAUCAUUAAAACUGCCCCAUCCAAGGUCAAGCUGGUUUUCAUACGAAGUGAAGAUGCAGUCAACCAGAUGGCUGUCACUCCCUUCCCACUGCCUUCAGGCUCCCACUCUGCCAUUGAGGACCACAGUGGCACCGAACCUGCAGGUGGUGAGGAAGACCCGAGCUUGGAAGUUGUCAUGAAAAGCUUGGCUGAUGAGGAAUCCAGCAAAGCUGAUUUGAAGUGUAAAGCUGACACACCAGUGGUGGCAGAUGAGCAGGAGGCAGAGGAGCAGCUCCCAGAAAAUGUCCUCAGCCAGGUCAAGCAGCCCAAACCUUCCACAGCAGCCCCAGGGAGCUGCCAGGAGUCACCCCUGGAGCCAGCAGCUCCUCACCUCCCUCCAGAGCCAGAAGCCCCCAGCCGUGGUGUCUUCCCAGCUGCUCUGCCUGUGGAUCCAGCCACCUGUGCCAUAGUGCCAGGGCAGGAGAUGACCAUAGAGAUCUCCAAGGGGCGCUCAGGGCUGGGGCUCAGCAUCGUCGGGGGCAAGGACACUCCCCUGGAUGCCAUAGUGAUCCAUGAAGUUUAUGAAGAAGGGGCAGCAGCCCGAGAUGGCAGACUGUGGGCUGGUGAUCAGAUUCUGGAGGUGAACGGGAUCGAUCUGCGCAGCGCCAGCCACGAGGAGGCCAUCACUGCCCUCCGGCAGACGCCCCAGAAGGUGCAGCUGGUGGUGUACAGGAACGAGGCACACUACAAGGAUGAAGAAAACCUGGAGAUUUUCUCUGUGGAUAUCCAAAAGAAAACGGGCAGAGGGCUGGGGCUCAGCAUAGCUGGGAAACGAAAUGGAAGUGGAGUGUUUAUCUCUGACAUUGUUAAAGGAGGAGCUGCAGACCUAGAUGGAAGAUUAAUUCAAGGAGAUCAGAUUUUGUCUGUAAAUGGGGAGGAUAUGAGAAAUGCCUCACAAGAGACUGUUGCCACUACACUUAAGUGUGCCCAAGGCCUGGUGCAUCUUGAGCUUGGGAGAUUGCGAGCUGGGUCAUGGCUGUCAUCAAGGAAAACAUCCCAGAACAGUCAGGCGAGCCAGCAGAGUGCCCACAGCCACUUCCACCCCGCGCUCGCCCCCGUCCUCUCCAGCCUGCAGAACUUUGUCAGCACCAAGAGAUCCUCAGCAGACACAGCCCAGAGAGGCUCAGGAGGCGCCGAUACGGGCCCGAGGACUGUGGAGAUAACGAGGGGCCCAUAUGAUGCCCUGGGUGUCAGCAUAGCAGGAGGGAAGGGCAGUCCCCUGGGGGACAUCCCCAUCUUCAUCGCCAUGAUCCAGGCCAGCGGAGUGGCUGCUCGCACGCAGAGGCUCAGAGUUGGAGAUCGGAUUGUCAGCAUUAAUGGGCAACCUUUGGAUGGGCUGUCUCAUGCAGAUGCAGUUAAUCUACUAAAGAAUGCUUAUGGGAGCAUUAUCCUGCAGGUGGUGGCAGACACCAACAUCAGUGCCAUUGCCAGCCAGCUGGAGAGCAUGUCCACGGGCUGCAGCCUCAGCCUGCCCUCCGAGCACCCCUCCGAGGAGCCUGAAGCACCUCAGCCCAAGAUUAUUACCUUGGAGAAAGGCUCUGAUGGACUGGGAUUUAGCAUUGUAGGGGGGUAUGGAAGUCCCCAUGGAGACCUGCCCAUUUAUGUCAAGACUAUAUUUGCCAAGGGCGCGGCGGCCGACGACGGCCGGCUGAAGCGCGGGGACCAGAUCGUGGCCGUCAACGGGGAGGCCCUGGAAGGCGUCACCCACGACCAGGCCGUGGCCAUCCUGAAGCGCCAGAAGGGGACAGUGACCCUGACAGUGCUGUCCUGAGACACACUGAGCCCUUGGGGCCGUCAGCAGAGCUGUCAAACACUGCCCAGCCCCAGCAGAGCCCGGAGCCGCGCUCCCGCCGCUCCAGGCGCGUCUCCAGCUUCAUCCAGCCUCCCACAACUUUCCAGCCUUCCUCCCCGCCCUCUACUACUUCUGGUGGCUUCAGAGGUUCCCCUGGACAAGGUUUAAUUAAGGAACUUCAAAGGACAGGACUUAUUGUGCAUUAUUUGACACCUCAGUUUGUCCCCGCUGCUCUGAACCUCGACUGCUGAACCUGGAAUCAAUUCGCGCACAAAAGAGAAUUUCAGAUCAUCAACUGAUCUCAUCUGAGGGGCAGAAAUAAAUGCUGAGUGACUUGUCAUCUCACUCGUGAUUUACUUAUGCUAAUUGUUCUUUCAAGUAUGCCAGAAAACAUUAGCAAUGUAAUUAAAUUACCACUGUUCCAAAUGAUGAAAUAUCAAAUUCUCCUCUGGGAAAUUAUUUGUGCUCGGCACAGUAAGUCUGAUAGUCAAAUGUGAACUUCUCAUGUUUAUCUCUUUGGGUAGGUCUGUGGAAGUUAGUCAGAGGUAAUUACUGUGAUGUGUCAAUUUGCAGCCUUUAGCAUGAAAAAUAAACGAGGGGAGAGGGAAAUUUAUUUUUUUAGGCUUUUAAAAUGUUUGAGCCUUUUCAGAUAUUUAGGCAGCAUGAACAACAACAGCGUAGCUCAUUCUGUUCUAAUUCUAUUUUUUGAGAAGAAAUGUGCUGAUAUAUGCCAGGCAUGUCGCAUACAAAGGCAGUUGUUGUCGUGCCAAGCUGCAGCAUAAUUGUUCAUCCUGAAACUUUAAUGAAGACAAAAAGUUUGCUUUGGGAAUGUGAUCCUGUAAUUCUAGGAGUGCUGGUGAGCAGUCCCUCCAGCUCCAUGGAUUCAUCCUAACCACCAAGCUCAUGCGCAUUUCCAAGAGUCUCCCCAGGAUCAGGCAGUGCAGGAAGGGGCUUCCAUGGAUCCUGGAGGAUGCUCCUCUCUGGGGCCUGCCAGAGCCAAUUUUGGGUAACACCAGGCAGGGCUGGGAUGCUCCCCCACAGCCAGGUGCAGCACUUUGGGAUGAGGCUCCUCAACCCCCUCCAGCUCAGCUGAAUCCCCAGCCAGUUUUUUGGGGUCUGAAUCCUUCCCAAGGCUGGUCCCACUCUGGCGGUGGGGUGCAGGAACCUUCAGCCAAAAGUUCCCAACCUCAUUCCAUGUCCCAGCCCUCAAGCAGUGAUGGUGUGAGUGAUGUGGCCUUGGUGAUUUAGCAGGUGAAUUGGCAGGCAGGUUCCUGGCAGUGCAAGGCAUUGGGGGUUAAUCUUCCUGUCCAGGGGAGCAGGAGGGGUUUGGAGGAAGCAGCCCACUCUGAUUUGGAACUGUUUGGCAUAAUUUAUAAUGGUGGUGUAGCUGGGAGAAAUCAAAGGGAGGGUGGGGUCGGAAUUGACUGCUCAUUUUGUGUGAAAAAUUCCAGGAAUUGAAUGGAAAGAAGGUUGAAAAUCUGCAGUAUAAUAGCUGAGCAGUGCAGGGAGGUGUUACAGGUACAGCUGUUCUGUGUGAUUGAGUGGAAUUUUCCCCAUUUUACAUUCAGGAACCAGUCCUGAAGCGAGGUGAACUACAUUUAGACAGGAAUGCUGUGAUAAGUUCUCAUGGAAAAGGGUUUUCCUUAUUUCCUUGGAAAGUUUUCCAUAACUUUAGGUAAUCACAAAGUGCAUUUAGCCUGCUGGAACCAUUGGUGGGUAUUCCCUUAAUAGUGCCUGGAAGAGACUUCUCAUUUUCAGUGGGCUCCCAGUGUCCUGUUUGAUUUGCCAGGUGAGGUGUGAGUGGAAUCCUGACUGCAGAGCACAGGGAUCUCUCCAGGUGUGGAAAACUGGAGAAUUCUGGACAGGCUGCUCUACUUGCACAGGAGUUGAGGGUGAGCUGUGAGGAGGAACCCUCAGCAGCAGUGUGUGGGAUUUAUUGACCAAAGGGAAUGAUUCUUCUGUGCUGUGUUUUUGUACCCACCCUGAGACAUUGCCACAUUUAAUCCAUGAAGUUGUUUAAUCCAUGGCUGUUUAUCAGCCUGUGAUGCACAUGCAGUUCAUAGACAUAAACAAUAGAAUUUAUGGGCUGAUGAGACAUUUCACUUCUCAUUGCUCAGAAGGAGAGAGAACAUUUUCUGCUUCUUGUAAUUUGCACUUUGUGUGUUCGAAUAUAUUACUGCCAAAAAAAUUAAACAAUUAUAUUGCAACUAAUUGAUAAACCAGUGACCAUGCUCCACGUGCAGGGCCAAGGCAGAGAAUUCAGUUUGCUCCACGCUUGUCUGGGUGGGGGUGUUCUGGUUUGUUUAAAACUUCAUUUCUGUGCAAGGGAAAAAGCAAUUAAACCUCCUGAUUGGAUGUUUACGUAGAUCAGUACAAGGAGACGUUUUAUGACUUCAAAGGUUCUAAAUAAAGCUCAGUUGCAUAAGUA